UUCCACCCUGAAUAUCAGUUAUUAUAUUAAGUAAAUCAAAGUUUAUUAAAUGUUUAUUAUAAUUUUGUUUCAAAAUACAUAAAUAAAAUAUUUUACAUCGAUAAAUUGUUAUACAUCAGAUUACAACGAUACUUAUAUUUCAAUACCCUAUAUCAUUACUAUAAAAAAUGCACUGAAUAAUUUGAAAUUUUAUACGUGAUUAAUGUUAUGUUAACAAACGUACUAUAAUAAAUUUGACUAUUUGGUCGUUAUGUUUUAUCCUUUUCUCGCUUCAAAAGCGAAUAACGACGAAAUGAUCAGCCUGUGAAACAUAACCUUUAUUACGUGAGAAAGACGUUGAAAUAUAACCAACCGACAUUUGAUCGCAACAAUGGAUAUAAUAAUUGAUACGAAGGGUGAUGUCGGGUUAGUGGAUAAAGAUCAUUUAGUAGAAAGUGAUGAGGAUGAUUUGGACUUCAGAAAUAGCGAUGUAUCAGGAACACAGGCAUUGAAUUUCUUCAACGUUGAGGAAGAUUUAAUUGAAAAUAUCACGACAAAAAAAUCGCAUCUUAACGUAAGUAAAGACAUUGAUCUUGAGGAAUUUGAAAGAGACAUGGGUUGGACAGACAAUUCGCGAAAGAAACGAGCAAGUAAAACCGCUUCGGUCGUAGCUCCUUUGGUACGUGAAUUAACAGAGACGGACAGAAUACUUAAGAAAAGUGUUAUAAAACCUGGUUUCGAGCAGCUGGAGGCUGUACCUCCUUACUUUGAAACCAAAAAGCAAUUGCAAAAUAAGAGACGUAAGGAGCGUGCUAAGACCAAGGGCAAAGAAUGGUUUAAUAUGCGUCCUCCUAAAAUGACACCAGAGAUCAGGCAUGAUCUUCAAGUUCUACAAAUGAGAUCUGCAUUAGAUCCGAAACAUUUCUAUAAGAAAAAUGAUCUCAAAGUUCUGCCAAAAUACUUCCAAGUUGGUAAGGUUGUUGAUUCACCUUUGGAUUACUAUUCGGGUCGUCUUACAAAGAAAGAGCGUAAAACAACAAUUGUGGAUGAACUUAUGGCCGAUGCAGAGUUUUCUAAAUAUAACAAACGCAAAUAUAAGGAGAUCAUUGAUGAAAAGAAAAAAUUGCAUCAGAAAGCUCACAAGCAUGCAAAGAAACUCAAAGGAAAGAAAAAAUGAUGUAUUUAAUCUGCAAAUAUAUAUUUUAAACAAAUAGUUAACAAAAUUUGGGACACUUCAUUUACAAUUGUUUUUAUUGUUAUGUUUGUAUAGAU